GAAUGAAGUGUAAGGAAAGGGAAGGUCAAAAAAAGUGUUUACAUAAAGGCGAAAUUUUCAAGUCGAAUCCAGAUAAUUUAGACAGGAGUUAUCAUGCAGUUAUUAGUUUUACCAAUCGCUUGUGUUAUGUUAUUAGGAUCUGGGAAUUCUGCAAGCGGCUAUCCGAUAAUGUCAACGUUUUACACUUGUGAAAACUUUACGUGCCCAGAAAAAGCCACAUGCAAGCAAAAAGAUAUGUUCGUGUACUGCGACUGUCCGCCUGGGAAAACAGGGCCAAAGUGUGAAAUGGAUAACCCUUGUUCCGAGCAAACGGACGGCUGUCCGGAGGGUAUGAAGUGUUAUGGCCCAUGUAACCCCAACGUGUUCUGUGAAGGAGCCUUUGGGAUUCCCCACUGUACAACUUGUCUUGACGGCUGGAUUGGAGAUAAGUGUGACCAGGACGAAAAUGAAUGCACCGCUUAUCCGGACAUAUGCGAAAACGGUGGUGUAUGCCAAAAUAGCAAAGGACACUUCGAAUGCUUGUGUACACAUGGUUGGACAGGUGAUUACUGUGAAUUGCAAGUUGACUCUGAUACAAACAAAGAUGGAGAGUCAAAGAAGGAUGAGACUGAAGAUGAGAUAUACGAGAAUAUUACUCCAGUCGAUGACUCGAAUGAAAUGCAGAAAACAGACACAAAUAAAGCAGAAUAUCACGACCAUACAGAUAGGACUUAUACUUCCGAUUAUUACGAAGUAUAUACAGGGGGUAAAAGACCUGACCAUUCCGCCUAUCCGAUAAUGCCAACGUUUUACACGUGUGAAAAUUUUACGUGCCCCGAAAAAGCCACAUGCAGACAAGAAAGUUUUUUCGUGUACUGCGACUGUCCGCCUGACAAAACAGGGCCAAAGUGUGAAAUAGAUAACCCUUGUUCCGAGCAAACGGACGACUGUCCGGUGGGUAUGAAGUGUUAUGGCCCAUGUAACCCCAACGUGUUCUGUGAAGGAGCCAUGGGGAUUCCCCACUGUACAACUUGUCUUGAAGGCUGGAUUGGAGAUAAGUGUGACCAGGACGAAAAUGAAUGCACCGCUUAUCCGGACAUAUGCGAAAACGGUGGUGUAUGCCAAAAUAGCAUAGGACACUUCGAAUGCCUGUGUACACUUGGUUGGACAGGUGAUUACUGUGAAUUGCAAGUUGACUCUGAUACAAACAAAGAUGGAGAGUCAAAGAAGGAUGAGACUGAAGAUGAGAUAUACGAGAAUAUUACCCCAGUCGAUGACUCGAAUGAAAUGCAGAAAACAGACACAAAUAAAGCAGAAUAUCACGACCAUACAGAUAGGACUUAUACUUCCGAUUAUUACGAAGUAUAUACAGAGGGUAAAGGACCUGACCAUUCCGCCUAUCCGAUAAUGCCAACGUUUUACACUUGUGAAAAUUUUACGUGCCCCGAAAAAGCCACAUGCAUCAAAGAAGGUUUUCUCGUGUACUGCGACUGUCCGCCUGACAAAGCAGGGCCAAAGUGUGAACUAGAUAACCCUUGUUCCGAGCAAACGGACGACUGUCCGGUGGGUAUGACGUGUUAUGGCCCAUGUAACCCCAACGUGUUCUGUGAAGGAGCCACUGGGAUUCCCCACUGUACAACUUGUCUUGAAGGCUGGAUUGGGGAUAAGUGUGACAAGGAUGAAAAUGAAUGCACCGCUUAUCCGGACAUAUGCGAAAACGGUGGUGUAUGCCAAAAUAGCAUAGGACACUUCGAAUGCCUGUGUACACAUGGUUGGACAGGGGAUUACUGCGAAAGUAAAGUUGACUUCAAACAUGGAUCCUUUACCGGGAAUACAACAGACACCAUUUUGCUGGAUGAAGCUCACGUCGAAAAUGUAACGGCAAGAGUAGAAGGCUACGAUAGCAAAACAACCGAUCAAAGUCAUGCCGACUUCUUUCACUACGAUGAUGUUGGAACGACCGUUACUCCUGACAUGAACGAGAAAGGAAACACGACGAAAAAAUGGAAUAUUCGCGCUAAUUCUGGCACAGCACCAACCGAUCAUAUUUCUCCAGUCGACAUCUCGGGUGAAACGCAAACAACCGAAAACAAGAAAUCAGAAUAUUACGACCAUACAGAUAGUGAUUAUUAUCCCAAUGAUAACGAUAUACACAAAGGGGAUGAAGGACAUGACCAUUCCGCCUAUCCGAUAAUGCCAACGUUUUACACUUGUGAAAAUUUUACGUGCCCCGAAAAAGCCACAUGCAUCCAAGAAGGUUUUUUCGUGUACUGCGACUGUCCGCCUGACAAAACAGGGCCAAAGUGUGAACUAGAUAACCCUUGUUCCGAGCAAACGGACGACUGUCCGGUGGGUAUGACGUGUUAUGGCCCAUGUAACCCCAACGUGUUCUGUGAAGGAGCCACUGGGAUUCCCCACUGUACAACGUGUCUUGAAGGCUGGAUUGGGGAUAAGUGUGACAAGGAUGAAAAUGAAUGCACCGCUUAUCCGGACAUAUGCGAAAACGGUGGUGUAUGCCAAAAUAGCAUAGGACACUUCGAAUGCCUGUGUACACAUGGUUGGACAGGGGAUUACUGCGAAAGUAAAGUUGACUCUCAUACAUACACAGAUAGAGAUUCAAAGAAGGAUGAAACUGAUGACACGGUAGAACCUGCUGAAAGCAAACACAGUCGGGCUUGUGCCUCGGCAUUUUCAACGUCAAUGGUUUUGUCUGCUUUCGUUGGAUGUCGAAUUUUAAUAAUGUGACCGUUUGUAACACUAUUUAUAGAUUCAUAAUCCAGAUUUUGAACAGUACCCAGUCAAUUUAUUCAUAAUAGUAUGAGGGAUCCAGCUCAAAGCAGGAUUUGAAGCUUUGAACCAUGUUGAAAUUGUUUACCAAGCCAUUUACAUCCAUUUCCAGAUACAUUUUAUUAUGUAAUGCAAAUGUCCAGCAAUUGGAUAGUCAUUGGGUAAGACAAAUGAUGACGGUAUUUAGCUUUGGGUAAGUGUGUUUAACCGUUUCAUGAAGAAUUAGAAUUGUUCUGAAGCAUAAAUGAUUUUACCAAUCCCUAAAUGUGUCCAACACAUAUUUGCCAAUGAAAUGCAUAAUGCUUGCUUGAUUAUUGAUGCAUAACAAUGCAUUAUGGAGUGAUUGUUUAAUGAACUUGAAAUAACUUGGAUUCUUCGUCUUCCCAUUAAUGUGAUAUUAAAGUUAAGGAUAUUUCCCUGAGAAAUGGAUAGAAGGUAUUAUCAUAUUAUCAGACCAUUAGAAAAACGGAAACAAGUCGAUGUUAACAAGUUUUAUUUGCAAUAUCGGCAAUACAGAAGCCUUUGGUCAUGAACAAGUAACAGAUGUUAUUCUUGUUAGCUGUAUGUCAAAGCCUGAUAUUACUGUACUAAUUCACCUCAUCGUAACCCUUUGUAAUGAAAAUAACGCUUGCACAAAAUACUUCAAUCAUGAUAAACGCACUUUGUUGUAUUUGUCGACAUGAUAUAAUGUUUUGAUUCCAUUGUAUAAUAAAAACCCAUGGUUGAAAUUGUAUAAUAGCGGUAUCUGAAAAAAAAUACUUUAAUACACCAGCUUUUUGAUGCCUUUAUAGCUCUUGUUUUUGAAAUAACCAGGUCAAACGAAAUUGAAAGAAUUCAUUUAUAAUUUGGGAAAAUUCAAGUACAGCAAGUAUUCAUUGGAAGCUUGGUCAAUAUAUCCACUGUAUAUUCAUAGAUUUGUUAGUAAUAUAUUAUAAUUCAGUCAUUGUGGUGUUGCUAAUAAAUGUGUUAACUCUAAAUGUAAUGCAUUUAAAAUCAUUCUUGUAUGAAUUCAAAACUAGAACAUUUGUAGAAUGGAAUAUCCGGUAAUAGCCAGAAAUUAAAAAGGUCAUGACUUUUAGCAUUUCUUAGAUAAAAUACAGUAAGCUUACUGUCCAGCUUUAUCUAACAUAGAUAAACAUUUUAUUCUUUGUGAACUGGGUGGAUAAAGCUCUUAUUGUUAAUAAAACAGAGAUAAGGACUGUUUAUUCUGUCGAUCAAGACAUACUCGAGAUGAAUCCCAUUUCAUAUUUGUUUAUACAUGUUUUGAUUUUAUUCGAUGUAAAUAUGUUAAUCAAUUUUAUUUUAAUUAUCCAUAUGUGUUUAAAUCAAAGAGUUAUUGAACUAAACAAAAGACUAGAGAUUGUCAAUUUAUUGGGGGGGGGGGACAAGUUCAAGGGGGAAAAUGUGCAAUGUGGAAGUUAAACGUUGUUUCUGUUCACCCUCUGCUCAUGAGGUCGUAUUGUUUAUAUUCAGAUACUACUUUUUCAUAUUUUGAACAAUCUGUUCCUUCACCAUGUUUGUGUUGAGUUAUAUCUUAAUAAACUAACUGUUCUAUUC